AUGGCGAGAGGGGCGGCAGUCACAUACCUUCUCGGAGUGCUGCUCCUGGCGCAGUGCAAGCCCUCGUUGGAAGGAGGAAUUUACAUACCAGCCAGUGGAGCAGGAGGAGCUGGUCGUGGCACUGGUGAGGUGUUAGCCCAGGUGGUGGUGCUGGUGGUAGAGGUUCUACACCAGGAUCAUAUGGACCAGGCGCUGGAGCUGGAGGAUUUGGCGCAGGACAAUUCCCUGGUGGUGUCAACCCUUUUAAAACAGGACGAGGUGUUGGACCAGGUGGAACUGGUUACGGACCAGGCGGAGCAGGAUUUGGACCUGGGGGAACCGGUUAUGGACCAGGCGGAGCAGGAGUUGGACCAGGUGGAACCGGUUAUGGACCAGGCGGAGCAGGAGUCGGACCAGGUGGAACCGGUUAUGGACCAGGCGGAGCAGGAGUCGGACCAGGUGGAACCGGUUAUGGACCAGGCGGAGCAGGAGUCGGACCAGGUGGAACCGGUUAUGGGCCAGGUGGGGCAGGAGUUGGACCUGGUGGAACUGGUUAUGGACCAGGUGGGACAGGAGUUGGGCCAGGUGGAGCAGGAGUUGGACCUGGUGGAGCAGGAGUUGGACCUGGUGGCGCAGGAGUUGGACCUGGUGGCGCAGGAGUUGGACCUGGUGGAGCAGGGGUUGGACCUGGAGGAGCGGGCUUUGGACCAGGUGGAGCAGGCGUUGGACCUGGAGGAGCGGGCUUUGGACCAGGUGGAGCAGGCGUUGGACCUGGUGGAGCAGGCGUUGGACCUGGUGGAGCAGGCAUUGGACCUGGAGGAGCAAUACCACAGACUGGCACCUCAGCAGUGGGAUCUGUGGGGAAAACUGGACCUAAGACUUCAAAGCAAGUACCAGGGGUGGGAGUGCCAGGACUUUACCAAGGUGGUUACGUCCCAGGUCAAGGUUUUGGAGGUCGCGGUGUUUUACCUGGAGUCGUCACUGGAUCUCAAAGUGGCACUGGAGUACUUGGCCAAGGGGGAGUUGGACCAGGCACUGGAAAUGGUCGGGGUCAACCGCUCCCUGGAGUUUUCCGUGGCUACCCACUAA